CUCAUCAUGAACUUCAGGCUUGUCCUGCUUCUAAACGCUGGUCUCCAUCAUAGUAAGCUUAGAGGCAUGCAGAGGCUUUUACAAUAUAUUGUAGGCCUGUGAUCUAAUUUGCUCGCGCCGGGUGGAGGGACGUGUGAGUAACAGGUCGUAUCCGAAGUCUCAGGGUCCCGCAAACUAUAAUUGAAUGAACGCCGUCUCGGGCUUCACUUUUCCUCCAACAUUCAAAAAUUUUCUUUCUCAUGUCAUCCUCUUCCUCUCAAUAUCUUCGUUAAGCGCCUGCUAUGGAUCCAUCUGGUGCUUCUGAGGGCGUGUGCGCUGUCCCCGUUGAGGAUGUUGCUCACAAUAUCACCAACUCGGAGUUGGAUCAGCUACUAGCGGAGCUCGAAAAGACAAGACAUGGAUGGCGACGUAUUGUCACGAAUUUCACGCCUGCGUGGUUUUCCGUCACGAUGGGCACAGGAAUUGCGUCCAUCUUGCUGUAUGGGCUUCCUUAUAAUGGAGAUUGGCUUUACUGGCUUUCCGUUAUUAUUUUUGCACUUAACGUUUUCCUAUUCGUGCUGUUCACGGUCAUUUCGAUUAUAAGAUACACUCUCUACCCAGGCAUAUGGUCCGCAAUGAUCAGGCAUCCGGUCCAGUCAUUAUUUUUAGGAACAUUCCCUAUGGGCCUAGCUACAAUAAUCAACAUGAUGUGCAAGGUUUGCGUUCCUGCUUGGGGUUCUUGGGUUGCAACAUUCGCAUGGACGCUCUGGUGGAUUGAUGUCGUUGCGGCUUUGGCUACAAACUUAUACAUGCCGUUUAUCAUUAUGUACAAACACGAGACACAAUUAUCCAAAAUGACUGCGGCUUGGCUGCUGCCAAUCGUGGCGACCAUCGUCUCCUCGGCAACAGGAGGCGUUCUUGCGACGGUUCUGCCUAACCCCCAACAUGCGCUAUGGACCGUAAUUAUCAGCUACAUCCUGUGGGGCUGUGGUGUUCCUCUCGCCAUGUUCACUCUCGUGAUGUACUUCCAUAGGUUGACGAUGCACGCACUUCCACCCCGAGAAGUCAUUGUCUCAGUAUUCCUCCCUCUAGGCCCUCUCGGCCAAGGAGCUUUUGCCAUCAUGCAGCUCGGCAAGGACGCCUUACGAAUCAUACCGGAAACAGGGAACGUUCCUCUCGCUCCCAUGGCUGGCCAAAUUGCAUACGUUGGAGGGCUGCUGCUCGGCUUGAUUAUGUGGGGCUUUGGCCUCGUUUGGCUCUUCUUUGCAGUGGCUUCCAUCUCAAGAUCCAAAUUUCCCUUCAAUAUUGGAUGGUGGGGUUUCACUUUCCCUCUUGGCGUGUAUUCUGUUGCCACGACGACUCUUGCACUCGAACUACCUUCAUUGGUCUUUAAAGUGCUGGGGACCAUCUUUUCGGUUGCGGUUGUCCUGCUGUGGAUGGUAGUUGCUACCGGCACUGCGAUGAAAGCUUGGACAGGAGAACUUUUCUUCGCGCCCUGCUUGGACGAUUGGAAGAGGAGACUGGAGGAAAAGCGUAGCAACACUUUGCAUGUGUAGAAGAGCAAACCUGAAACGUCUUGGCUCCGAUUGGGGAUCACUGAAUGCUGCAGUUCUAGCGAAGCAUGUAUAAUACAUAGCACGUUAAUCGAUUAUACUUCAUGGCACAUUUUGCUGCCUAUAGAGCCGAAAUAAAAUCAGCUUAGUUUGGAACACAGUGAAGUGAUCAAGCGGC